AUGACAUUGUCUAAUACUAAUAUUCUCAACUUUUCCAAUACUGUACGAGAAAAAAUCGUUCAGUGGAUGUGCUAUUGCUACUGGACAAACAAUAGUGGUUAUGAAAACAUCAGCUGGACACACAAUGAAACCUACUUCGACGACGUCGACAACUCAACGACAGACGCACUACUUGUCGCAGGAUUAUCUAUAAUUUUUAUCCUGUUACUCAUCCUUGCUAUCGCUGUUUAUAACGAGAUACGAGAAACAAGUAAAAAUAAACAAGCGCAGCAAAACAGACUAAAAGAAGAAGACGACGUUUUCAAUGAAUUUGUUUUUCAAUCAACUGAUCAAGAGUCAUCACUCUCUCCCAAAUCCCUAGAGCAAGCGGAAAGAGAUCGAAAACUAUAUCAGUUUGACCUACUACAGCCAUGGCAGUGCAAUAUUUACCAGGAGCGCAUUCGUAGUAACACAACACCAACAACUCCUGCAAAAGGACGUGCGCCACAUCAGCCUAAAGGACAGAACAGAGCUCAUCCUGAGGCAAAUUGUCCCACGACAGGAAAUUCCACCAAACUUCCCAAAGCUCCUAAUGAAGCUCGUGAGAUGGCGAAAAAGGUUGCCAGCGACCCCAAGAUGAUACUUCAGAAAAAAAACGUCUAG